AUUUCGACGCAGGGAGAACUGUUGCUCCAUAAAGGAACACCCACUGUGUGCAAAGAGCUUUCAAAUGACAACUUCCUUUACCUUCAGUGUGGAGCUGUGUGCCUGAAGCUUUUGCCUGCAAUGAAAAAAGGCAUGUUCUUUGUACGAAAGUGGAUCGGAGCUGUAAAACUGGUGCCUGGAGAAGUGUUUUACUCGCUCUCACAUCAUCUCCAGAUCACACUCUGAACUACCUGCUUCUGUUCCCUCAACACCCCCGUUCACAAAGGUGUGCUUCCCUCUGCAGGUGUGGUUUUGCUGCAGGUCAUUGGCACACUGAUCUCGUGUCUACAGGUCAAUUACUGGCUGUGGAGCUCCGUCAGACGGUUGUAGCACACCUCCAACCACAAUCACUCCCAAACCCAGACGCUGAACAUCUGCUGAACGUCCUGCUGUACACUAGAAACCAGAGGAGCUUUCUUUUUUAUCAAGAGCAUCAACAGAUAACUUUGUCAGGAAUCUGUAGAACCGGAGUCACACAUGACUGUUUCUGGGGCUGCUGAUUGCAUUUGCAUGUGAAUUUCUUUUGAAUGAAAACAAGCUAAGCAAUAUGGAUACAGUCUCUCUGAACACCUCCCUGUUCUCUGGCAGUCAGAGCAUCAGUGCGGAUUCUCCCAGUUUGUCCAUGAGAUCUGUAAGCUUCAUCAAUGACACGGAUUCGUCCCGCAGCAGCAGCACACUCUUACACUGGAACUUCUUCCUGGCCACCAACUACAUCAGUGUGGUGGAGAAAUGCAUGAGCUCCAUGCAGACGGGCACUCAGAUGGUGAAACUGCGUGGAGGAUCCAAAGGCCUGGUGCGCUUUUUCUACUUGGACGAACACAAGUCCUGCAUCCGCUGGCGGCCCUCUAGGAAGAAUGAGAAAGCCAAAAUCUCAAUCGACUCCAUUCGGGAAGUGUGUGAGGGGAAGCAGUCGGAGAUCUUCCAGCGGUAUGCCGACGGUAGCUUUGAUCCCAACUGCUGCUUCAGCAUCUACUAUGGUGAGCACAUGGCGUCUCUUGACCUGGUGUCAGGUACAGGAGAAGAAGCUCGCACCUGGAUUACUGGCCUUAAGUACCUUAUGGCCGGCAUCAGCGAUGAAGACAGUCUGGCCAAGCGACAACGCACUCGUGACCAAUGGCUGAAGCAGACCUUCACAGAGGCCGAUAAGAACGGAGACGGCUGCCUGAGCAUCAGUGAAGUGCUGCAGCUCCUGCACAAGCUCAAUGUCAACCUGCCCAGACAGAAAGUCAAACAGAUGUUUAAGGAGGCAGACACUGAUGACAACCAGGGCACUUUGGGAUUUGAAGAGUUCUGCUCUUUUUAUAAGAUGAUGUCAACACGGCGAGAUCUGUACCUGCUGAUGCUCACCUACAGCAACCAUAAAGACCACCUGGACACAGACGACCUCAAACGCUUCCUCGAGACCGAGCAAAAGAUGACAAAUGUCUCAAAGGAGCACUGCCUCGAAAUUGUGGCCAAGUUUGAGCCUUGUCCUGAAAACCAGACACUGGGUGUCCUGGGUAUCGACGGUUUUACGAAUUACAUGCGCAGUCCUGCUGGGGACAUCUUCAACCCUGAGCAUUACGAGGUGAACCAGGACAUGACGCAGCCUCUCAGUAACUACUUCAUCGCUUCCUCCCACAACACCUACCUGAUGGGCGACCAGCUCAUGUCCCAGUCUCGGGUGGAUAUGUACGCCUGGGUGCUGCAGGCGGGCUGCAGAUGUGUGGAAGUGGAUUGCUGGGAUGGACAGGAUGGAGAACCAAUCGUACAUCAUGGCUACACCCUGACUUCCAAAAUCCUCUUUAAAGAUGUUAUCGAAACCAUCAACAAAUAUGCAUUCAUCAAAACCCAGUUUCCAGUGAUUCUGUCCAUUGAGAAUCACUGCAGCGUCCCUCAGCAGAAGAAGAUGGCUCAGUAUCUGACUGAAGUGUUUGGUGAUAAACUGGAUAUGUCCUCCAUCCCUGCCGACCCGUCUGGACUUCUGCCUUCACCUGAAGCCCUAAAAGGCAAAAUACUCAUCAAGGGUAAAAAACUGCCCCCAAAUAUAGAUGAGAAUGCAGAGGAGGGGGACGUGUCUGAUGAAGACAGCGCCGAUGAGAUGGAGGACGACUGUAAGCUGAUGAAUGGAGAUACAUCUAUGAACAGGAAGCAGGCGGAAAAUGUUGCAAAGAAAAAAUUAGAUAACCUCAUGAAGGAGUCAAAGAUUCGUGACCGGGAAGAUCCGGACAGUUUUACCAUCGCAGCCCUGCCGCCGACGGGAAAACAUGACAAAUCACCGCUGAAGGGAAAAGCAGAAGACAGCACUGACACUGGAGACGAGGCCAACGUUGGUGGCAACAAACGUCUGGGUAGAUCUUUCAUGGGGAGCUUCUCCAAACGCAAGAAAAAGACAAGUAAACUGAGGAAGUCCUCUAGUUUUGAGGACACGGACACGGAUCAGGAGAGCUCGAGUGGGGCGUCUAAAGCAGCAGCGCAUCACAGCAGAAAGAAAAAAACUAUGAAGUUAUCAAGAGCACUUUCUGAUCUGGUAUACACGAAAUCUGUGGGCACACCAGACUUUGAGGCACAAGGGGGCAGCAGUGGUCGGCAGGUAUCAUCGAUGAGUGAGACCAAAGCCCAUCAGUUAAUGCAGCAGAAGCCGGUGCAGUUCAUGCAAUUCAACCAGAGCCAGCUCUCGCGUAUCUACCCCUCCCCUUACCGCGUGGACUCCAGCAACUUCAACCCACAGCCCUUCUGGAACGCCGGCUGCCAUCUGGUGGCUUUGAACUACCAGACAGAGGGCAGAGUGCUGCAGCUCAACAGAGCCAAGUUUUAUUGCAACGGCAACUGUGGUUACAUCCUGAAACCUGCCUGUAUGUGUGAAGGUUCAUUUAAUCCAGUGGCUGAGGAUCCUUUACCAGGACGCUUGAAAAAACAAUUGGUUCUUAAGAUCAUCAGCGGUCAGCAGUUACCCAAGCCUAAAGACUCCAUGCUGGGUGACCGAGGAGAGAUAAUCGACCCAUUUGUGGAAGUGGAGAUUAUCGGUCUACCAGUGGAUUGCUGCAAAGAGCAAACCAGGGUGGUUGAUGACAACGGGUUCAAUCCUAUGUGGGAGGAGACGCUCGUCUUUACUCUUCACAUGCCAGAGAUUGCUCUUAUACGCUUCCUGGUUUGGGACCAUGACCCAAUUGGCCAAGAUUUUAUUGGCCAGAGGACCAUUGCCUUUAACAGCAUGAUUCCCGGUUACCGACAUGUGUAUUUGGAAGGCAUGGAGGAAGCUUCCAUCUUUGUUCAUGUUGCAGUGAAUGACAUCACCAGUAAGGUUCGAGCAGUCAGUGGUAUAAAAGGACUCUUUCACAGAAACCCAAAGCAGGCAUCUCUCGACAGCCAUGCUGCUGCUCUGCUCAACCGUAAGAGCACCUUCGGUGCUCACCUUCUGCGCCGCACAGCCAGUGCCCCCACCAAGGGCCAACCCAAAGUCAAGAGGGGCUUCCCUGAGAUCUCCAUUGACACAAAAGAUUGCAGCUCGGAGGGUGCCAGUGAGGAGCGGGAAUCGGAAGAGGGGCCACCUGUCCACCACAACGGAGAUACUGCAUCUGCAAAAUCAUGGGGUCACGGCACCAACGGGCAGCUUCACCCUGACGACAGUAAAGAAAAUUCUGAAGUGCAGAGUCCAACUCCAUCCUUGAACACCUCAUGUCCGGGAUCCACUACUGAGGAAUUUCAGGAGAACAGUCCUUUGUCCUCCACACAAACCCCUCUGGAUACCUCACCACAUUGUCCCUCCACUACAUUGUCUUCACCAUCCACAGCAAUAACAACAUCUUCCAAUGGGGAAAAUCUCAGCCCUGUGAAAAAUAAUGAGGACAUUCGGAAAUCAUUUGCACUAACCCAGUGUAUUGGUCCAUAUAGCACCAGUGGCAAGGAUUCUGGGAACAGCCACAUCAUCUCUUCACUUUCCACCAAUUACCUUGACAUCGGAUGUGAUACGCCCCCAUUGCCAGACCAGGAGGAUGUGCAAAAAGCAGUCACUGAUCCCAACAAUCCUGAAAUAAAAACACGACAGACAGAGACAGAUGCCGUAAAGGAAACAACCGCCACUCAGAGCUCUCAAAUGAUGCAGGAGUUGAAGGGCGUGUUUGACAGAGACAUUGGACGAAGCAUGCAAACGGGACUGAGGACCCCAGUCAGAAGGACCAAAAGUGAAGGACAAAUGAAGGCAGUGAUAAAAACAGACGGCCCAUCAGUGGUCCCCGAAGUCUCUAUCGACGCCACUUUAAACGACAGGCUCUGGAGCAAACUCGACCCCAGCAGCCAUCGGGAUAGCGUGUCAUCGUCUUCCAGCAUAUCGUCCAAUGACACUGUGAUUGAUUUGUCCUUGCCCAACCUUUCCAGAAAGAGCCUAACCUGUCUUAGUGCAGCCCGGGACUUCUCGGACAACCAAGUAUCGUUGGCGAACAGGACCAGUCAGCCUCGGUCGGCCAUUGUAGCGCGCAACGUCUCACUCGUCAGCAAGAGCAAGUCCAACCCCAACCUGCGGGAUGGUGAGAUGUGCGAGCCAGAGGAUGAGUUACAACCCAGGCCUUUGGCUGCAGAGAAAGACCCCAUCCGGCCCAUGCAGAGGCGCCACACGUGGAGCAGGUUAUACAUGGAGGGCUUAAAGCAGUCUUCCACUCUUGCAGCUUCUGCUGGCUCUAAGAGGUCAACCAUCCCCUCGGCAAAAGACAUGGACAGCAGCUCCAAAUCCAAGAGUCUUGGAGAUCUCACUUCAGACGACAUUGUCUGUCAUUUUGAGAGCAAGUAUCGCAGCAUUAGCCGUAGUUUCAUUGUGAGGCCAAGCCGUCAACUAGGGAAAACUCUUAGAAAGCCCCAGAAUGACCUAACGGAGCAGCUCAAGAGGCUCACCGAUGUGGAGCCCCUCACUAGCAAAGACUUUGCUCAGUGCAGGAACGAUUCCGAAGCGGGACAGGAAGAGGAGGAGAUGCCCCCUUUGCAGAGGAGUUCCUCACGGAGCCAGAGCCGGGUGAGAUACAUCGCUAACCGAGCCAGGCAGGCCCAAGAGAGGCAGCGGCUGCAAAGCUUGACUAGGACGUCUGGGGGCCCCAUUGAAGAGCGUGGCAAUCCUGAAGGAGCUUGUAGUGUAGCCCACAGUCCCUGUGUUAGCUUGGAUCUUUUGAGCCAGCUUCCACCAGGACCACCCCAACAAAGCCCUCUGAGCCCGGACAAUGAGAUCUUCUUUAUGCUCCGGCUGUAAAAGGACGAAAGAGUGUUGAGUUUUUUUUGUUUUUGUUUUUUUGGGGAGCAAGAGGACACAAGGUGACCAGCCUCUACCUAUCACUCAUUAAGAUACUCCAAACAUGUUGAGCAGUCAAACAUUUCUUAUCUGCACCUACUGUAAUACACCUUACAUUCUGGCUUGAUGGUAAAAGUUGGAAAGCACACAGUCUUUUUUUUUUAAUGCCCAUUGUUGACCUGCUCCCAACCCUGAAUAAUGAGCCGUUAAAGGGGAUGAGAUGCUAAGCUUUAAUCUUUAAAUUGGAUGCAACGGUUUGCUAGUUUGUACAAAUUAUUUGUAAAUGUGCAUGCAUGUUAAAAAAAAAAAAAAAAAAAAAAAGCCAAAGGUGCAAAGCCAGAGGAUUUUUUAAAAACGUGUGUUAAAAUCUACAAGAUUGCAUGUAGAAAUUAUUACAAACAUUCUUAAAUUAGAUUAUGCCUGUGGCAUUUGUAGUACUGUAUUUUUUUUUUUUUUUUAAGAUGCAGCUUAUUGCAGCAAUAGAUAAAAAUGUAAGCACUACUGAUUCACCACAGUGAUUCCCUGGACUGAGAUGUUUAUUAGUCUGCAGCCAAAAUACAAAUGCAUUUGUUUGUGUUGUUAAUGGUAUGAGAGCAAAUUUUGUAACCAAGCAUGGGAUGUAUUUGUCACAAUAAUUUAUUGUCCCUUGAAACUAUUUUUAAAAAGUAAUAUCAAUGACUGCUAUGUUCUGUUGUUUUAGUUUUUAAUUUAGUAAAAUUACAACUUACAGUAUGUUCUUUAGUUGAGUUAGUGACUAAUGAAGUGUAGCGCUAAAAAUACGGUAAUUCAUAUACAAAUUGCAUAUCUUCACUUUAUGUACAGUAGCUUACCUUUUGAAAUUGUAUUGUUUGUCACUUGAUUUCAAUAUUUCUCCUGUGGUCUACUGUAUUUUUAUGUUUCAAAGAUUUUAUGAUUUAAAAAUGUACAGUCUAUUAGAGUCUAGGUAAGCAGUUAUGUAGAUGUUGUUCAAUGUCAUUGUCAAGUAUACUAAUACCUUUUAUUACCUUUGGGUUUUUUUUUUUUUUCCUUUUUUUUUUUUUUUUUUUUUUUAAGAAUGCUACUCAGUAACAGGGGAAUAAAUUUUUACCAAUUACA